AUGAAUAUUAGAAAAUUAUUCGACGAGAUUCGGAGCGCCGACUUGUUUAACGCUUUUUGGAGCUACCCAGAGGAAAAAAAUCUUUCAAUACUUGCAAACAGGCUAUCUUAUAUAAAAUCAGUCAGGGAGCUACGCAGUGCAGUGGCGCAGAUAUGCAAUCAAGUAUUUGAGGAAAACGAGGAAGGCAGUUUCCAGUACAUAGAGGCGCAGAAUCUGCUGAAGCACGCUGAGUCAGUCGUGGAAAAGGCCAUAGCCACGGCGUCCGUGUCGGGAGGGCCUUCGGACAUCCUUCUGAAAGAAGAGAAAGACGCGAACAAGUUUGUGAUGUGGGAGAACGCGGUCAUUGAGAGGCUGUGCCAACGGUACAAAGAAUCGCUGAUCAGCUUUACAAAGGAUCUUCUGGUGCACGAGGUGCAGAAGCACAUAAAGAUAGUUCUAUUUGGAGAGCCACAGAGUGAGCUUUCGUCGCCCGCAGCAGAUGCGGAUUAA